AUGGCCCCCAACGACUACAGUGCCUCUCUGUCCAACCACAACCCCUCCAAUUACAACAAGCAUGCCGACUUUGUGUACGCUGCCAAGUACACAUCGGCAGUGCUCGACCUCCUGAGCCCUCAACCGGGAGAGGCGAUCGCUGACCUUGGAUGUGGCACUGGAGAGCUCACUCUCAAGAUCAAGGACGCUGUCGGCCCUCAGGGAGCUGUCUGGGGCAUUGACUCUAGUCAGAGUAUGCUCGACAAGGCCAGCGUUGCUGGAGAGAAGGUUGGCAUUCAAUUCCGCCAGGCCGACAUUCAGGACUAUACCACUCUGGACCCAUCUCUCAAGGGCAAAUUUGACGCUGUCUUCUCCUCUGCAACGUUCCACUGGUGCAAGGGGAACCCCGGCGGCGUGGUUGACACUAUCAAGUGGCUCCUUAAGCCCGGCGGAAGAGUCGCCUUUGAGUUCGGGGGCUUUGGAAACACGUCAGUACACGAAUUCAUCAUCAUCCUUAGAGCAGGCACUAACUUAAUCAGAGUUGGAAUUCGUGCGGCUCUUCAUGAAGUUCUCCGCCGUCGUGGCAUUGACCCUGUUACCCGUGACCCCUGGUACUUCCCGACGGCUCAGCAGUACACCAGCCUUCUCCAGCAGCACGGCCUGACGCCGGGCAAUGUUGCACUCUACCCACGUCCCACCCCCCUCACCACAGACCUAGUCGGUUGGCUCAACACUUUCGCUCGCAACACUUUCUUCACCGGUAUUCCUUCCAAUGAGGCAGACGCUCUGAUUCAGGAGGUAGCCGACAUAUGUCGCCCCGAUGCCUACUGGAAUGACGCCUCUCCUGGUGAUGCCGCGAAGGGAACCGAUGCUGCUGCUGCCAAGGACGGUUGGGAGAUCAUGUACGUGCGUCUCCGCGGAAUCGCCACUCUAUAG